GAUAGACAGAGGAUGGAUACACAUCACGGUCACCAACACCACUUGAAUGCGAAUAAUAAGAGACCGGUUAGAGGAGGUACUGAGAAGGAUGACUUGUUGGAGAUCAUGCCAAUUGGUGCAGGCAAUGAAGUAGGCAGAUCUUGUGUACUAAUGAAGUACAAGGGCAAAACCAUCAUGUUUGAUUGUGGUGUACAUCCUGCCUUCUCAGGCAUGUCAUCACUACCCUACUUUGAUUCAAUCGACAACCCAUCAGAGAUCGACUUGCUACUCGUCACUCACUUCCAUCUAGAUCAUGCAGCAGCAGUACCUUAUAUUGUGGAGAAGACAGACUUUGAGGGCAAGAUAUAUAUGACACCGCCAACAAAGUCAAUCUACAAGAUAUUGAUGAGUGAUUAUGUAAAGGUCAGCAGUAUGUCUGAGGAGAUACCAUAUAAUGAGGCCGACCUCAAGCGUAGCUCAGACAAGAUUCAACAUAUCAAGUAUCACGAGAAGCUCGAACACAAUGGAAUCAGGUUCUCUUGCUAUAAUGCCGGCCACGUGCUAGGCGCGGCCAUGUUCCUCGUGGAGAUUGCCGGCACAAAGAUAUUGUACACAGGAGACUUCUCGCGACAGGAGGACCGACAUCUGAUGGGUGCCGAGACGCCCCCGGUCAACGUGGACGUACUGAUCAUCGAGAGCACAUACGGCGUGCAAGUGCACGAGCCGCGACUAGAGCGAGAGCGAAGAUUCACCUCCUCCAUACAUGAUGUCGUCAAACGUGGUGGUCGAUGUCUGAUACCAGUGUUUGCUCUUGGCAGAGCUCAAGAGUUGUUGCUCAUUCUCGAUGAAUACUGGAUAGCACAUCCCGAACUCCAAAGGAUACCUAUCUACUACGCCAGUGCCCUGGCCAAGAAGUGCAUGUCCACAUAUCAAUUCUCAAUCAACAUGAUGAAUGAGAGAAUCAGAGCUCAGUUCGAUGUAUCCAAUCCAUUCGAGUUUAAAUACAUCCAGAAUAUCAAGGGCAUUGAGAAGUUUGAGGACAAUGGACCUUGUGUGUUCAUGGCCAGUCCUGGUAUGCUUCAGAGUGGUCUGUCCAGACAGCUGUUUGAACGAUGGUGCUCAGACAAGAGGAAUGGAGUUGUUAUCCCAGGUUACAACGUCGAGGGUACACUGGCCAAACACAUCAUGACUGAGCCCAAGGAGAUCACACGACUGGAUGGUGUCAAUAUCCCACUCAACCUGUCAGUUACAUAUGUGUCGUUCAGCGCUCACUCUGACUUCUUGCAGACGUCCGAGUUCAUCCAGGACAUCCAUCCACCUCACAUCGUGCUGGUGCACGGCGACGCCAACGAGAUGUCCAGACUGAAGCACUCACUCGUCGCCAAGUUCAAGACGAUCAAUAUCAUGACACCCAAGAACUCGCAGAACGUUCAGAUGGAGUUCAAGGCCGAGAAGGUGGCCAAGAUGCUGGGCGCCAUCGCCUCCAAGACACCCAGACACAACACCACCAUCUCUGGUCUGUUGGUCACCAAGGACUUUACACAUCACAUCAUUGCGCCAUCCGAUCUGCACAACUACACCAACCUCAAGACCAACAUAAUCAAACAGAAACAAUCAGUUCCAUUCGGCCAGAAGUACCUACUCCUAUGCAACACCCUUGAACAACUCUAUGACGAGAUCGAAGAGACCAAGACAUCGGAUGACAGGCCAAUCAUAAAGAUAUACGACUCGAUAACACUCACUUAUAAUACAGGAUCACAUGUUACAAUUGAAUGGGAUUCGAAUCCCGUCACGGACAUGGUGGCAGACUCGAUCGUUGCGAUGAUCAUGCAGAUUGAAUCAAAUCCAUUCAGUCUUAGAGUACGAUCCAGUUCAAAGAAUGACGAUGAGAUGAUGAGCGAUAGCAAUGGAAAGACAGAAGACAUCAUGGUGAAGAAAGAAGAGGAAGAAGAGAAUGAUGAGGAUAUUGAGGAUGUUGUGGUGAUGACCAAGUCAAGGAAACAGAGCCAACGAUUGACAUUGCGCGAAGAUGUUAAAUCAUUGCUGGCGCAACAAUUUGGCGCACCAAGGCCUGACGAAGACGACCCACUGCUUCUGCACCUCAAUAUUGACGAUCAACUGGCGAGCGUACAUCUGGAAACUCUGGAAGUCAAAUCAGAGCAUCCCGAGUUCAAGACCAAGCUUGAGAAGGCAAUCCAAAGGAUAACAUUGGCUGUGCAUCCAAUACCAUUUUCAAUCAAAUCCGCCGAGUCCUCCUCCAGUCCCGACGAAUCAUCGUCAUCCAACCAAGAUUCCAUGUCAACAGAAUCAAGUGCAUCUAUUAGUGGAUCAAUAAAGGUUGAGUCC